AUGGCUAAAAAGAAUUAUUAUAACACAUUGGGAGUAGCCAAGAAUGCUUCGGAAACGGAAAUCAAGUCUGCUUAUCCCGAUGAGCGAAUGAAAGAAAUAAAUGAGGCUUACGGGGUGUUAAGCAAUCCCAAAAAACGCCACACUUACGACCAAUAUGGGAGUGAGGAGGCUUUUCGACAAGGACCUAAUGCUACCGAAGGCUUUGGUCCGGACUCCUCUUUUUUUAAGGACAUAUUUGACACCUUUUUUGGCGGUGAAACUGAUUAUGCACGCCAGCGAACUCGUUCCGCUGAUAGAACAUCGCCACAACCGGGGAGCGAUAUCUUGAUUAAUUUGGUUCUCACUUUUAAAGAAUCAGUGUUAGGAACUAAGAAAAAAAUAACUUUGGAAUUAGAAAAAGCGUGUAGUGCUUGCCGACAGACGGGGGCUUAUUCUCCCAGCGAUACUGGAGAAUGUCCAACUUGCCAAGGGCGGGGAGUAGUCAAUACUAUCCAAAAAACCGUGUUGGGGGCCAUCCGCACCCAAAUUACUUGCUCACGUUGCCAAGGUAAAGGGAAAAUAAUCAAAAAAAGGUGUGGCUAUUGUCUAGGGAAAAAGUUUUUGGCUCUGAAAGAAAUCAUUGAGUUAAGUAUUCCGCGGGGUGUUCAACCCGAGCAAAAGUUGCGCUAUCAGGGCAUAGGCAACGACGGGUUACACGGAGGAAGCAGAGGUGACAUUUAUGUGGAAAUAAAAGUUAAGGAAAAUUCUUAUUUCCAGCGGAAAGACAACGAUAUUCAUGUCAAUCUGCCCAUUUCUUUUCUCGAUGCCAUUUUGGGGAAUCAGGUGGAAGUUAUUACGUUGGAAGGGAUAGAAAAAGUCUUUGUUCCCCCUGGAACCCAAAAUGGCGACUAUUUAUCCUUACGAGGUCGAGGCUGCUAUUUAGGUAUUAAUAAAACUACGCGGGGGGAUUUUUACGCUUGGUUACAAGUAAAAAUACCCAAAAAAAUUACUGGCACGACCGAAACUAUUCUACAAAAUUUACGUAAAGAAAGCAGUUGA